AUGAGCUCUGCUCUAGCAGCUAUGGAAGCCGCGGCUCUAAAAGCUAUGAGAGAGAAUGGAGAAGGAAUAGAACAAGGACCAGCGCUACCUUUCACUGGAUUGUCGUCGAAGAUCUUCGACCCAAGACAGCUGAAGGAUGUUGGCUCCUUCGCACGCGAGAUGGCGAAACGCAAGAACGAAAUGGUGGAAAUGAAGAAUCAGAAGAGAGCGGCGCCGCAACCAACUUCUUCCAUGGCAUCGAAAUACUUCAAAAAAGAAAUCCCACACGUGGUGGAUUACUCAGAGUUCACAGCGCCCGUACCGAAGGAAGAAAUGGGAUCCUCUGCUGAAAUACAAUGGGCAGAAGCCGAUGCUGGUGACGGCAGAACAUAUUACUUUCACUUAUACACUGGAGAGGCAACUUGGGAACGGCCAGAGUUCUUCUUUACUAAAGAACAAUAUAAUGCACUCAUUCAAAGUGGUCUAAAUUCUGCGAUUAAGAUGGAAGUUUCAACUAUAAAAGAAGAAGAACCUUCAACCACUGUUCCUCACGGAUAUGCCAUAACUGCGAGCGAAACGCCAAUCGAACAAACAGUCGUACCGGAAGUGAAGCUUGAGCCUACUGAAGAAGAAGAAGCAGCAAAUGUUCCUCACAGCAUUUACGAUAUACCGCUUCCUGGUCCC